UGAAAUUUGAGACAAAUGCAUCAGCAGCUUCUGUUGAUUGCAAGAAUUUAAAAUAAAAUAAAAUUUUCGCCCACCGUGGGGCUCGAACCCACGACCACAAGGUUAAGAGCCUUGCGCUCUACCAACUGAGCUAGACGGGCUUGGUGCUGAAGUUGCUUUUAAAUUAUAUUUCAAGUAACAGUAAAAAAUUCAAACACCCGCUUUAUCAAAAUAACCAAAAGUGAAUGCGCGCCUAAAUCCAAUUUCAUCACUCAUCCUCCACCGUUGAUCAGAAAAUGAGCGGGAAUCUUCCAAAUCAAACCCUUACACACAAAAAAAUCAUUGAAAAAAUAAUAAAAAUAUGCAAACCCUUUAAAAGGAGAAGACUGAAAGAAGAGCAAAUGGACGAAGACGAAAACCCAAACAAACCCCAUCUCAUAUGGACGACGGCGCCGACAGCUACGAGUACGAGAACGACUCGUCGUCUGAGUCCAGCUCCGGCUCGGUGGCCUGCACCGGCAUUAUUAUGGUCUCGCCACCGGAGAGCUCAGAGGAUGACGAAGCUCACAACAACAGAGCCUCCCAAGACGUGUUCCAGACCCCACCCGAAUACUCAUACCCGCCAACCUCCGAAGGGAAAACUCCGUCGCUGGAAGUUAAUACGAGCGACGACGAUCCUCCGUACGAGGAUGUUGGAGACGGGCGAGGCGUAAUCGUGGCCUUCGGCGAAGGUACGGGUGCGGUGGAUUUGGGAGGGGACACGGAUCUAGGGUUUGCAGAGGCUGCAGCGGUGGAAUGUAGGGUUUUGAGGAGGGAAUUGUCCCCGGAAGGCGGUUUACUGGAACCCCCAUUGAAGAAAUUGAAGGAUUCCGAGCACAAUUUGGGAAAAUUUGAGCCCUCCUGUAGUUCCACUGAAAGUCUCGAAAUUGACGGUUGCGAUGAGAGUUCGGGUGAGGAAGGCUCGGAGGAAAGGAAGCUGAACUCUUCUGACAACGAGAGCGAGAGUGCUGUCGAAGAAACUCAAUCGAACAGUGAUGAAAAAGACAGCGUUGUGGAGAUGGAGGAUGGCGGCGAGGAAUGCCUGGAUGAUGUGAUGAGGGGUACACCAAAUGUGACUAUUGAGGAAUUGCGGCGAAUAGACAGCCCGUGGCGAGGGCGGGCUCUGCCACGAUCGAUCGUGCAGCCAGGUUCUAGUGCUAUGGAUGGUGAGGAUAUGGUGCAGAAUGAGGUUGCUAUAUUGGAUGUGUUGAAACUUCUGAAAGACAAGUAUGAUGGUGAUGGUGAUGAUGUGGUUGACAAUGGUAGUUUUUGGGAGAUAAGUAGGCGUCGAGGCAUGACUUUUCCCCGGCCAUCGUGGUGGCCAGAAGGCGGGUUCUGAUUUGAAGAAGAGUCAAGUUUGACGAGCAGCAGCAUUGCAACAGAGGUAGGACUUUUGGAAGUUGUAAAUGGGGGGUUUAUUACUAAAGUUAGGAUGAAACAGCUAUUUUUAGUAUAGAAAGUCUUGCUUGUGAAUUGGGUUGCAUCACCUUCUUGUAUUACAUUUAUGUCUAACCUUCUUGGUCUUUUUGCGUUUAUUUAAAAAGAACACAUUGCUCAGGCUUUCUUCUUUUGAAGUUUCACAAUUUGGAAAAAUAUAUCUUUUGAAAGGAAUUGGCCUAUGGUUUGAAUAUGUAUUAUUUCUUUGAUAUUGCUCUUUUAUGUCAAUAAAUUUUUAUUUUGGUUUGAUAUAUAAACCUCCCCCCAUCUUUAGUUUC